UUUUUAUUUGAAAUAAAAUGUCAAAUGAGAAUUUUUCGAUUUGGAAACGAUUUUUGAAACCACAAAAUUCUUAAAUUUUAUUUUGUUAAAAAAAAACAAAAAAAAACAUGUUUCAAAAAAAUUCGUGUUCAGUUGAAAAAUCCCAGAGGACAUGGAGUGAAGAUCGAUACAAUACAAGAACAUAUGAUCGUUACGAACGUGAUCGAUAUGAUAGUCGAUUAUCUUACGAACGAUCACCAAGUGAAACUAGAGGCUAUGGAUAUGGUGGAUAUGAAAGUCGAGAUCGUUACUAUCCAAGUGAUCGUUCAAAUGAUUACUAUCGUGGAGGAGAUCGUUAUCCUGACCGCAAUCGUGGCAGCAGUGGUGGUGGCAUUUAUGAUCGUUACGGACAAGAUGAUCGUUACUACUCGAGAUAUGAUUACCGCAAUUAUCGUCCUUGGGAUGAGACCUACAGCUCUCCGUAUGGUGGCGGGCGAGGCGUUAGUCGACCAUUAAGUGGAAGUUAUUUACUCGAUCGUGAUAAUAAUAAUGUUCCCGAAACAUCAAAUAUGGCAAUUAAUCCAGAUAAGCCAGUUGGUGAUAGUCAAAUUAGUGAUUCGCCGACGGCAUCAAAAUUAACAUCAUCUCCCUCCUCAUCAUCAUCAUCAACAUCGAAAUUAACUGAAGAUCGUGUGACUGAGUCAAAGGAUUCCAAUUGAUAAAGUGAAUCAAAAAAAUCGGAAAGAGGACUACAAAAAAUUGCACUUAAAACAAUUGAAUUUGAAAACAUUGUCCUUUUCGUUUAUAUAGAAACUUAAGACAUUUUUGCAUUUAAUGGGAGGAAAAUGAAUGAAAUAUAAAUUUUUUUUUAUU